CGCAUCGAUUUUCCCCUCCAAAAUCUAAAAUCUUCUAUCAAUCUCCCUUCAAUCAUAAAUUAAAUAUACUCUAAUUUUAUCAGGCAAUUAAUUAAGGGUUGGAAAAAGGGGUUGAAAUUGAAGGAGAUCAAUAAAAUGUUCAAAAGAAUGAAAGAAGAGGAAAGAAUAGAAAAGAUCAUUCGUGGUCUUUUAAGGCUUCCAGACAACAAGAGAUGUAUCAACUGCAACAGUUUGGGGCCACAAUAUAUCUGCACAAAUUUCUGGACAUUUGUCUGCACACGUUGCAGCGGAGUGCACCGCGAGUUUACACAUAGGGUAAAAUCCGUGUCAAUGGCUAGAUUUAAUGAAGAAGAAGUUAGUGCUUUGGAAGCUGGGGGUAAUGAGCGAGCAAAGGAAAUCUACUUCAAAACGUGGGAUACAUAUCGUAAUUCAUAUCCAGAUUCCAGUAAUCUUCAUAGACUUCGGGAUUUUAUAAAGCAUGUUUAUGUGGACCGGAAAUAUACAGGUGAGAGGGGCCACGACAAACUUCCCGCAGUGAAAACGAGUAUAAAAGAUGACUAUAAGGAAAGGUAUAUAGCUGGAGAUGCUGAUAGAUGUUCAUUUGAAAAUUUUAGUCCAAGAAAAAGAAGCGAUGACUUGAACAUAAGAUCAUAUUCCAUGGAAGAAAGAAGAAGUCCACGUAAUUACAACCAAGUUGGUAAGAGAUCUAGUAGGGAGAGGAGCCUACCGACUCGCUUUGAAAUAGUUGAUGACAGGUUCCGAGAUGAAGGAAGUGGUGAUGUUAAACGAUAUCAAUAUCAUAUAUUCUCAAAAUCAGAAUCCAGGCGUAGAAGUAGGUCGCCUGUUUCACUAAACACAGAGGAGGUUUCUAGUCCCCCCAGGAUACGUUCAAUCAAUGAAAUCUUGGGUGACAAAGUUAUAGCUCUCAAGGUUGGUGAGUCUCCUAAAUCAUGUGGCAAAGUUAGUGAAAGCUCUGCUGAGGAUGAGGUGAGAUUUGUGAUUAUUUCUAAUUAAUUAUGUUUUUACAA